AUGAGAAAGUAUGAAAUGAGUGAUGUCUGGACUCCAGACUUUGAGGACACACCUAAUGAUUAUACAAUGAUAUCACACGAAGCCAUCGAUCAACACAUAAUCAAUGACUCAAUUGAUCCGAGACUAGCAGAUCAGUUGGCAGACAAAGAGUUACAUAUUAGCAAUUUUAACGUCGGUUUCAACGAGUUUGAAAUCAACAAAAUCCGGGAACUCUUGAUAGCCAUGAAUUGGAUCCGUGAGCCCACUGGUGGGGCGAUUACCGGCGAGUUGGCUGACCCGAUGCAGUACAAAAUGACCAUGGUUAACAGAUUCAAUAAGUUAAUACAAAACUUUACCAAAAUGACAAAACAGUUGAACUCGUUUAAUAAUCUGUGCGGCGAUGAUAUGAUAGCUCUCAUAAAGUAUGGCUGCGUUGAGAAUAUAAUGAUGCGUUCAGUUCAGUACUAUAAUCAUAUGGACAGAUAUUGGACGAUAUGUGCGGAUAACAAAAGUUCAUUUAUACUAAAAAUGGAUUUUACAGCUAAAUGCGAGCCAAUGAUUGGCGACUCUUAUAUCAGAUACUUUGACAUUAUGUGUCCGGAAUGGGAUUCAGAUCGUCUGAUCGUAGAUCUGCUAACAGCUAUAGUAUUGUUUGACCCAAACAGACCGAACCUUAAGUACCGACAUACAUUUUAUGACAACAACACAAACAACAAUAUCGAAUCAAUAUCGAAUCCUCGGGUCAAAGUAUACGUGGGAGGUGCCACGAUUUUCUCGGUGCCAAUCGAUAGAUCUCAUGAUACCUAA